CCCACCAACUCCUGCCUCCCUGUAAUGUGUCCUCAGUGGUCUGGCUCAGUCAUCUGGAGACACACACAGGCCUUGCACGCUUUUCUCCAGCUGUCCGGAGUGGCCUGUGCCCUCUUGGCCUUGUAGGUUUACUGUGACUCUCUCGUCGUCUCUGCGGGUGCUCCAACUCCUGCAGCCUCCGCUCCUUGCCUACAGCUACUUUUGCUUUCAAGCAUGUCUGCAAAACUCACAGAAAUGCAGAGAGACGGGGAGCGGUUGGGCGAGCUGAGCCCCACUUUUGAUGAGGAAGCCUUAGUGUUGAGGCAGAAGCCUGAACUGAUGCAAGUCCGAGACAAGGACGACGUCUCUCUACAGCAGUGGAAAGCCCGGCAGCUGCAGCGCCUGGCUGAGGAGUUGAAGGCAGAGUGGCAGGAGGCCCGGCUGCAGCAGGUCAGAGACAUGGAACGCAUCUACUUAGCCCAUCUGUUGGAUGAGGCAACAGGGCGGGCCGUGGGAAACGACAUCAACUUGGGCAAACACAACCAGAGAGGCACAGCAAAACACUUGAGGACUAAGGAGAGAAACAGAGCCUUUAGAGAGGAGAGGGGCCGCCGGGAAGAGUACCCCAGGCAACAGCCCAGGUCCCGGAAAAAAGCAACGUGCUCAGAAAGACGGGGUUCUACCAAAGCCCGGGGCCCAAACUCCAGCGAGAAGGGUAAAGGGAAACGGAUACCUUCGAGCAAGAGCAACGGGGGUUACCAACCCUUGGGCUCUCGGAUGAGCAAAGGGCCAGACCUGACGGCAAAGCUCAACCCACUCUUAGCAGGUGCUGGCGAAACUGAGUGGGUGGAGGAAGUCCCGAAGGGAAUAUCCCGGGAAGGGCGGCGACCAAUGAGAAGGGGGGCUUCAGGGUUUGCUCAGAGCGUAAAUCAGAGCUCCAGGGACCAGAGUCUGCAGGGCAAAACAGCUGACUUAGAAAAGCCAUCAUCGCCCCUCAGCUCCACCCUCAUACAGGAGGCCACAUCCCAGGGGGCGCCCUGCAAGUACAGCGAUAAGAAUCAGUGGCACAAAGAGAUUGAGUCCGCCUUCGAAGAACUGUUUAACACAAACAGAAAGCUGAAGAAACAUCUGAAUUUGCACCUGGAACAGCGGCUCAAGGUGGACCACGAUCCAGAUGAUCUGCAGAGCUGCUCAGAGACUCAGGGUGAGGGCAGCAACAUCCUGAGAGAGGAGGAGGCAGAAGCGACUGCUGAGGAGCCUGGGAGCCCAUCAGACAGGGAGGCCCCUGAAAUGUGGUCCAAAACCAAUCUGAAACAGUUGCUGCUAAGUGAGGCUGAGUACCCCAGGUACCAACAGAUGGCAAAGCAUCUAAAGAGUGAGAGCCUGGCGCCUGUUCCUGAGGCAGGAACAUCUAGCGAACAAGACAAUUCAUUCUCAGAAAGCCCAGAGUCAGUACAGGAGCCACCCAAGUCAGCCACGGUGCAGGAAGAAAGCCUUAGGCCUUACCUGGAGAAUCAGGCAGGCUCUGUCGCAAGCUGGAUGGCUUUGAGGCAAAAGCAAAAGGCAGAGUUGGAGCAGAGAAGGCAAAAGACGUUGUUGGAGCUGACAGAACACCCCAACAUGAGCUUGGAAAUCCAUUACAAGGCCGAGCUAGAGGAAGAACGCAGGGAACGCAGGAGGAUGCGUUUGGCCAUCCUCAAAUCUUAUUCCACUGGGGUCCGGGCCCCAACCCCUGACAAAAACACCUCCCUGGAUAACAGCCUCCUCGACGAGGACAAACAGAGCCAGAUGAUCCGUGACCUUCAGCAGCAGAUUUUAGAGCAAAACAAGUUACACAAGCAGUUUUUGGAAAAAGCCAGGAAACGCUUGCAAGAGUUUCAGAAAACGUUUUAAAGGCAGACUACCCGAGAUCAAUACAUCCCUGAUGGCUGCUUUGCCUG